UUCUUAUUCACUAUUUCUCUUCAUUUUUUAUUUCAAUCAAUGCGCGUUAAAAUUUCGUUAUUUUAUUUAUCAGUUCGUAUAAUCUGUAGUUACACUAGUUUAUAUCUUGAUUCUGUUUGAAAAAAAUGGGAUUUUUGUUUUGUUUUGAGAUGGUUAUUUUUUGUUUUGUUUUUACGGUUUUUAUGUCGUAACCGAACCACCAAUGCCGUCUACGACAACCUCAACGAAGCGGUGCUGUGUAUUGGAACCACAUUACUGUGGUUAAUCCGAAACGUUGAAUUCUACAUGGUGAAAAAUCUUUUAGAAAAAGGUUUCUUAGGUCUGUGCGAUUAAGGGAAGCAUCUUUAUUGCAUGCACUGAGUUGUCGGAUUCUUGGUGUGAAUAUUUAUUCACUCCUCGUUGAUGUUUCUUCGGUGUUAUGCUUGGAAUCAGAAAGAGUGAUUAGCCGGAGAAACAGACCAGUUAGUAAUGGAAUGUUCCGAAGAUGGUGCCUUAAGGGUGAAAAAGAUGGCAGAGAAGAGGUUUUUACAGGAUAACUUUGGGGUUGCAAAACUACUUGCAACGAAGGCUCGGUCCCUGAAUCCCAAUAUUGAUGGCAUCAAUGAACUUCUGGCUACCAUUGAUGUGUAUAUAGCUGCUGAAAAAAAAGUUGGGGCAGAUGUAAAUUGGUACGAGGUACUUGGGGCACAGCCCUUGGAUGAUGAUGAUACAAUUCGGAGAUGUUACAGGCAGAAGGCUCUUACUCUGCAUCCGGAUAAAAACAAGUCGGUGGGUGCAGACGGUGCAUUUAAGCUGGUCUCUCAGGCUUGGACUGUAUUAUCUGAUAAAACUAAGAGAGCCGCCUUUGAUCAGAAGUGCCACUUAUGGGAGUCCUUCAAAAGGAUUAGUGGUGGUAUACCUCAGAAUAGUUUGUUUGAUACUGUUAACCUUGGUGGGAAACCGUCUGAGCCUGCUACUCGUGGUGGUUUGUUUAAUGCUGCUAACCGGAAGGACAGAGAUCUCACGAGUGGCGCUCAUGCCAAUCCUACUCCAAGACCUCCUGUAUCUGCUCGAUAUAAUAGUUUGUUUAAUUCUGCUACCGUGAAGGACAUAGAUCAUACGAGUGCUGCUCACACCAAUCCUUCUCCAAAAGCCCCUAUUGAUAAACCGACUUCAUUUUGGACUGUGUGCAGUUUCUGCAGGACACAUUACGAGUACUUUACUGUUUAUAAAAACUGCAAUAUUGUUUGUGCCGGCUGCAAGAAGCCAUUUUUUGCUUCUGAGACACCACCCCCGCCUUUAAUUGCUAAUGCUUCACCCACUUCAAGAGCUGCUUUGUUGAAGCAGCAUAAGUUCAACUCAACCGGAUUGGUAAGAAACAACCAUGUCUCAAGUAGGACACUGAACUUUGCCGGAAAUUCCAGUGGACAGACAUCAGUUUCUACUGUUUCUGGGGCUCUUGGUCAUUUUAAUAGGCCAUCUGUGAAUUUGAAGAGAAGGCAUGAAGAUUCGACACCUCUCAUGAGUGAGGAGACACAUUUAGGGAAAACUCAUGUUUUUGAAAGAACUGUUGCAGGUUCAGAUUUUCAGCCUUCUUUGAAAAAAAGGUGCCCAGGUGAACAUAAAGUUGAUAGUGAUAGACUAGGCAUGGAAGCUGAAAUGGCAUCAAAAAAAGGAAUAAGCUCUACCAAUGUGUCUGGGUCUCUGAAGAAUAGUUUUGAUGCAGGAAAGGUUAGUGCUUCCGGAAAUUCCAGACGAAAUGGUAUUAGGGACAUGUCUCAGCAGAAUAUGAAGAACAUCUUGGCAGAAAAGGCUCGGAAGGUGAUUUGUAAGAAACUUGAUGAGUGGAAGGAGAGUAGUAGAAAGCUUGAUGAAUGGAAGGCGAUUCGUAAGACGCUUGAUGAACGGUAUCCGUCUUCUACAUUAAAGAAUACUGGUGCAGAAGUCAAAGUGAAGGAGAAGGAAAAGGCUAUUAAUGGUGUGAAGCCUGGUCCAAAAGAAAUCGUUGUUUCUGAGACCAACAACUCUAUCUCUGCUGUUUCAGAGGUGCCUCUUUCUGUCACAAUGAGUGUUCCAGAUCCAGAUUUCCAUGACUUUGAUGGGGAUCGAGUUGAAGACUCUUUUGAUGAGAACCAAGUGUGGGCUGUAUAUGAUGAUGAAGAUGGAAUGCCACGCUACUAUGCCUUUAUCCACAGUGUGAUCUCAAAGAAUCCAUUCCAAAUGAAGAUAACCUGGCUGAGCUCUAAAACCAAUGAUGAGUUUGCACCAAUAAGGUGGGUCGGUUCUGGCUUUCCAAAAACCACCGGGGAUCUUCGACUAGGCAAGCGUGUAAUCAGCAGCAAUCUGAAUUCUUUCUCGCACAGGGUUAAGUGGACAAAAGGUCCAAAAGGAAUUUUCCGUAUAUAUCCCAAGAAAGGGGAUGUUUGGGCUUUAUAUCAGAACUGGUCCCCUGAUUGGGAUGAACUUACUAAAGAUAAUGUCAUACAUCAAUACGAAAUGGUGGAAGUGCUUGACGACUACAGUGAAGAGCACGGUCUAAACGUUGCUCCCCUUUCCAAGGUUGCAGGUUUCAAGACAGUAUUCCGCCAGAAUGCUGACCCGAGAAAAAUCAGGAACAUUCCAAGGGAAGAGAUGUUUCGCUUUUCACACCAAGUACCUUCAUACUUGCUUACCGGAGAAGAAGGUGAAAAUGCUCCUAAAGGUUUCUUGGAGCUGGAUCCUGCUUCUACACCUAUGGAACUUCUUCAGCUCAUCACUGAUCCUCCAACCCAAGAAAAGGAAAUGCCAGUUGAAAAUUCUUCAAAAGAUGACUUGAAGCACAAGGACAAUUCUAGCGCGAGAAACAAGGCGGCUGAAGCACAGGCAGGGAAGGUUUGGCCUGAGAAUUUGCUGGUAUACAAGCGGAAACGUUUUAAGGUAAAAAGGGAUCAGUGAAGUGAAGUGGGUAGUAGUUGUGAAUAAUAGAAUUGAAUUGAAGAGAUUGUGUUCCAUUUAGCUUUAGAGUUAGCCUAUUCAAUUCAAAUACUUUUGCAAAACCAUAGUUUAUAAUCACCAAUUCAAACUAAAUUGCUUUUGUUGUUAUUGUUGUAUAUUGGCAGUUAGUCCUACAAUUUUGCUUUUGGUUGUUACAUCUGUAGGGCUCUUUGAAAUGCCAAUGUAAGCCAGUUACUAGCUUCUUUAAGUCAAUAAAA